AAAUGAAUAAAUAAAACAUUUUCCAUAGAAAUACUACACAUAUACAUUAUUUCCAAGAAGCUGACAUAAAAUGCCCAAGUGAUAUGUAUAUGAAAAAUAAAAACUAUUAUUGUCGCAGACAAUUCAAUUUGCCAAUCUUGAAUACUGGUGUGCAGAAUAUAUCCAAGUGUGUAUAUAUAAAUAUAUAUAGGCUUGAGAAACAUAGUUGAACAAUCUUGUUUCUAAAUAGCUUCUUCUUGUAUAAAAUAAUUUGAAAAUGGUUAGGGCACCUUGUUGUGAGAAGAAGGGAUUGAAGAAGGGUCCAUGGAGCUUAGAGGAAGAUAAAAUCCUCACAUCUUACAUCCAAAAACAUGGACACAGUAAUUGGCGUGCACUUCCAAAACAUGCAGGUUUAUUAAGAUGUGGUAAGAGUUGUAGAUUGAGAUGGAUUAACUAUUUAAGACCUGAUAUUAAGAGAGGAAACUUUACAAAUGAAGAAGAAGAAACCAUCAUUCAGAUGCAUCACUUGCUGGGGAACAGGUGGUCAGCAAUAGCAGCAAAGUUACCUGGAAGAACAGACAAUGAAAUCAAAAAUGUAUGGCACACACAUUUGAAGAAGAGACUAUUGAAAACCAAUAACCAAUCAAAUUCAAAUGUCAAAAGAAGAGUUUCAAGAACAAAAAUCAAAAGAUCUGAUUCCAAUUCAAGCACUUUAACUCAAUCAUAUGAGCCUUCUAAUGCUCCUAAUAAUUUGCUUGAAAUGGAAACUACAUCAUCAAAUGGCACUUUUUCUACUGAUUUUUCAUCAAAAGGAAAAAAUAUUGACAAUAUCAUGAAUUGUGAAGACCCUGAAGACUCACUAGUGACAAUGCUUGAAAUUGAUGAAAGCUUUUGGUCAGAAACAAAAACUGAUGAUGAAAUUAGUUCCACCAUGCCAUCAAAUACUCAACUACCAAAUCAACAAUACACUUCUAAUAAUUCAUUGGAGAAUUUCCAAAACCAAGAGGGCUAUGGUUAUAGUUCAAAUUCAAACUCCUUUGAUAAUGAUGAUGAUGGAAUGAAUUUUUGGUAUGACUUGUUCAUCAGAUCAGGGGAAUCUAUUGAAUUGCCAGAGUUCUAAGCUUUUAUCAUGAACACAUUUUGACGGUGUUACUAAAUUUGGCAGAAAAUAUUUUUUAAUUAAAUCAUAUUACUACAUUCAAUUUGACUAUUACAAGUGAAGCGGUGCAUUGAUUUCUGAUGGGUAACAAUAGUAUGAAAAGUAGCUGUGCCAACUGUUAAAGGGUGAGGAGUCAAAAGAGAAAUCCAAAUUUUGUUAAUGCAUGCAAUAUAAAUAUAAUGUGUAAAACAUCAGGUUAGAAAAAUAAAUAAAAAAUUGUUACAGAUAGUUUCAUUAGGUUAAAGUUACAUUCGAUGGUGAUUGUAAUAGCAAUAAA